AUGGCGGGGGCCGGGGUGCUACCACUUGUCACCGCCCCCACCAUCGCCAACAUCAAGCUCCACCACAUGCUGAUCGACGAAGGCGCCGGCCUCAACGUCAUCAGCUAUGCAGCGGCCGUCGGCGGGUACCCGUACCUGUACGUUGCCAUCGACAAGUUCACCAAGUGGCCGGAAGCUACCCCUAUGGUCAACAUCACCAAGGCAUCUGCUAUCGCGUUCCCCAAGUCAAUUGUGUGCCGAAGCAAUGGCCAAGUAGAGCGGGCUAAUGCUGAGAUACUCACGGGGCUCAAGAUUCGCACCUACAAUGAUCUCGAAAAACAUGGUGCGAAAUGGGUUGACCAGCUUCCGAGCAUACUAUGGGGGAACCGAACCACACCUAGCCGAGCGAUCGAGGAGACCCCUUUCUUCCUGGUCUAUGGGGCCGAAGCAUGCCAUCCCCCAGAGAUCACUAUGGGCUCGCUACGAGUCCAAGCCUUCGAUGAGGGAUUGCAGGAGCGGCAGCACUGUCAAGAUGUAGACCUCGUCGACGAGUGA